ACGAGUCUUGGUCUCACCUGCCCCAAUCCGAACCCUCGCUGACCUUUUUACCCUUCCACCCGCAGGUUUACGGUUUCUAUGACGAAUGUCUGCGCAAGUACGGCAAUGCCAAUGUGUGGAAAUACUUCACCGAUUUGUUCGACUACCUGCCGCUGACGGCGCUGGUAGACAGUCAGAUCUUCUGUCUGCACGGCGGCCUCAGCCCCAGCAUUGACAGCCUGGAUCACAUCCGCGCCCUGGACCGACUCCAGGAGGUGCCUCAUGAGGGCCCGAUGUGCGACCUGCUGUGGUCGGACCCGGACGACCGCGGCGGCUGGGGCAUCUCGCCGCGCGGAGCCGGAUACACCUUCGGCCAGGACAUCUCGGAGACGUUCAACCACAGCAACGGCCUGACACUCGUCAGCCGCGCCCAUCAGCUCGUCAUGGAGGGAUACAACUGGUGCCACGACCGUAACGUGGUGACGAUUUUCUCUGCCCCCAACUACUGCUACCGCUGCGGUAACCAGGCAGCCAUCAUGGAGCUCGACGACGCACUCAAAUACUCAUUCCUUCAGUUCGACCCAGCUCCGCGACGUGGAGAGCCUCACGUCACCCGACGCACGCCAGACUACUUCCUCUAGAGGGUGUCCGGACCGCGAGCUCUGCGCCUCCCCACGGCCGUUGGACGCUCUGCCGCCCGCGGCGUGAGCCAACUCGGCCGGUGGGGCCGCCAGAGCGACGUGGUGGACGGGGUUGAUGACAAGAUCCGGCUGCCUGGAGGCAGGAGCCGUGCAGUGAGGAGGAAUGGUUGGUCGGAGCGGCGGCGGCGGCGCGCGGGAUGAGAGAGACUGUACGGUCGUGGACGCGCGCGGCGGCGGCGGCUGUGGCGAGGAGGCGGCGUGUGUGGUGCGACAGGCGGCGAAAAGUGACGCGAUGUGUUGUAAGGGACAAACGAGGCAGCAAUGGAGCUUUGAGUGUCGUGACAACAUCCAUCUGUUUGGACUGCCAUCGCUGGUAGUGAGGAACAUCCACUGACGGUCCAUCAGCGUCAAGUUGUGGUGACAAGUACAUGACGACUGCGGGGACACUGCACGGCGUCUGAUUCCGUACAUCGGAAACACGAGCUCAGCGUCUGCACUGCUCUGAGAGCGACACCUCCGGCUUAAUGAAUCGAGCCAGCAGGAGUUGUGCAUCGCUCCGCAGUGACUCGCGAGCCUGUUGAGUCGUAAGUCCUCGCCCAGACUCCUCGUGAUUCUCGCCCCAGUCCUUGCGAGUGCUUAUCCCAGAGUCAUCGCGAGUUUUUGGUCCGAUUUGGACAGCUCCUCGUUGUGUUGGUCCGCCUCGCCUCGUGUGCAGCAAUCGUGAACGUCCUGUGUUCAAUGUGUCUGUGGUGUGUGAAUGUCGCGUCUCCCCCGCCCGCCCGCCCGCCGCCGCCGUCCGCGUCGUGUUGCCAAUAUGACGCCCUCGUGACGAGGGCUGAUGUGGGCCGACCGCGCCGUCGUCCCGGGUCACGUCAGGUCAUGUCAGAAGAAAGAGAGACGAGAGACAGAGGGUCAGAGACCGUUGUGUAUAUGUGCGCACUCGCGAGAGACUUCUUUCCCUGUCGGUCCCAUUCGCUCGCGCCCCCUGUAUCUGUCAAACAAUCGCGCGAUACACACACAGACACACACACAUACACACACAGACAUAACACGCCGGCGCAGUGCCGCGGCAGCCAGCGAUCACGGCGUUAGGUAUUUCGGUUAGUCGGUUCGACGAGACUGUCGAGUUAUCGGCAGUCUCAGUCGACUGAGGCGGACCCCGUGUACGGGGGCGCGAUGUUGAAUAUACUAAUAAAUUGUCGUGCUAAAA